AUGCCGUGCGGGAAGUUUGAGGCUCUCAGCAGCCAGGAAGUACCUACAGUCAGGAUCGAGUUGGACUACGGCACUAUUGAUAGUUGCAAACAAUUCAUCUCACCUAUUUACAUCCUUUGUCAAGUAUCGAGCGCAGCUGAAACAAUUAGCUUGGAGACAUCAAGAAGCCGUCCACUCACAACAUACAGAAAGAUUCGAAAACGUCUUGCAAUCAACAGCAAAGCACAAGCCGCUCCAAGUCAUCUUGCCCAAGGUACUGCCCCCCCUUUGCUGCAACUCCAGCCAACUCCCAGCACUGUGUCUAUUACGGCUCAACAAACUGAGGAGUCUGUCCGGAAUGCCUUUUCAGUGCCUGACAGUACCGAGUCCUCGCCGCCACCUUCACCAACCGCCAAGUCUUCUCGCAGGAACAUGUCUCCAGAGGGCGAGAACUAUCUUAACAAGGUCCCGCCCGUCGUCCGAUUGGAAGUUUGGCACUUUUCUAAGACGGGUGGAAACAUUAAAUUCCCUCGCUCCCUAGCCGAUACUCUGUCUAAGGUCGAUCUUCCGGGUUGGCAAGUCCAGCCAUCCAACUCUGCCUCUGCUGAGGAGAAUCGCAGGGAUGAGUUUGUACCCGCUACGGUUGAUUUCAAAUACCAGCCCUUGUUCCGUGGAGGUCACGACACAGCUCCCGACGACCUCAUGAGAUCUUUCUUUUAUCAGACUCUCCAACCCGUCGUCCGAGACUUCUUUGAGAGCAUCGGGAAAAAAGAACAAUUUUUAACCAUGUAUCCCCUCGGCCAGCGUACUCAACGCUACGCUGUUAUCAAGUACACACAUUUCGUAUUUCUCCAGGCCUUGGUCGUGGAACCCGAUAUUGUUGCCGGAAUCAUGCAGGUGCCCUAUGCCAUCCAAAGAUUUCUUAUGCUGACAUGGGUAAUCGCUAGCCAUCAAAUCUCCAACGUGGAUGAACACACCCGCAAACUCGCUUACAAGCGCGUCGGUGAUCUUGCUAUCAAGGCUGUUCAGGGACGUUCCUUGCAAGACGAGUGGCUCGCGCUCGGGACAUGGCUCUCCAGAAAGGCUGUAGCAACAGGGGUCGUCAAGGUCGUUUCCAAAAGCCGGAGGCAGGCAGCCUACGACAGGUCUUCUGCCGCUUUCAAGUGCUAUCAAGAGCUUGAAACCGUUCUUGAGCUAGACUGCAAGAAGCAUUUCAAGCCCAGUGGUGAGUCCAAUGACACUUCUCGCAAACGCAUACUCACCAAGGCAGACCUUGGACACCAAGAUCUUUAUUUCAGCAUCGCGCAGAUGGCCAUCGCCUUCCAGAUCGUCCCAUUCUACAGAAAGGAGCGGGAAGAGUACCUAAAGCGGUUCUUCAGGACGACUGGCCGCAUUCUCUGCCUCGCAUCCCCUUUCGUGGCGGCGACUGCAUGCGCUUACUUCUGGACCAAGCGUAGACAAUUCAACGAGCUCAGCUGGGAUUGGGCGAUGGACAAGUAUACUUAUUGGGAUACAAGGUACCAGUACACCAUCUACUGGAAGAACAGUAUCGGCAUGGGGCUCCUCUCGCUCUUGGUUUUGUUGAUCAACCUUGCCGAAUACUUCGCGCUCAGAUUCUUCAACAAGAGAACCGACAAGAAGAUCAACGAUCUCAGGGUCACCCAGGGCGCCUUGGUGGCCAAAUUCUGCGCUCGAGUGAUGAAGGCGCCGCCAGACAUCAUGACCGCGACCGAGCGCAAGAAGGCUUUCUACUUUUUGGGCGUCAAUUUUCAUGAUGAGACACCAGAGACACAGCGCCGAUGCCUCGACGCGUUUCAGACCGACAUAGUUCAGCGUUGA